GUUUAACUGAACAGACAGGUUGCGCGUCAAAGCUUAGGUGACGGGACGGUCUGUGGAAGGUAGACGGUUUUGCAAAUGGAGUCGAGGAAAGUAUCUUUGAGUGCCAAUGCACUGAUCGGCGGCAAAUGGAGACUUGUGCGCAAAAUCGGUGGUGGUUCGUUUGGAGAUAUAUAUCUUGGGCAAAACAUGCUGACUGGUGAUGAGGUUGCAAUCAAACUAGAGCCUGUAACAGCUCGACACCCUCAACUGCUAUAUGAAAGCCGAGUUUACCGUGUUUUGCAGGCAUGAUCCUUUGAUUCAUAGUUAUUUUCGUAGACGUCUGUGGGGAUACCAAGAGUCUAUUGGUUCGGACCGGAUGGAGUCAGCAAUCGUUACAAGGCUAUGGUUAUGGACUUACUUGGUCCAAGUCUGGAGGACUUAUUUACGUUUUGUGGACGUAGAUUCUCCAUGAAGACAGUAUUGACGUUAGCUGAGCAGAUGCUGUGGCGCAUCGAACACGUCCAUUACAGGGGUCUAAUUCACAGGGAUAUUAAGCCAGACAACUUCUUGAUGGGAAUUGGUCCUCAUUGCAACAGAGUUUUUAUUGUUGAUUUUGGAUUGGCUAAAAGGUUCAGAGACCAUAGAACGAAGUGCCAUAUACCUUACAGGGAUGAUAAAAACUUAACAGGAACAGCUCGUUAUGCUAGCAUAAAUGCUCAUGCUGGUAUCGAACAAUCUAGACGGGAUGAUAUUGAAUCUCUUGGAUAUGUUUUCAUGUAUUUUCUCAGAGGGCACCUUCCAUGGCAAGGCCUCAAAGCAAAUACGAAGAAACAAAAGUAUGAACGCAUAUAUGAAAAAAAAUUGGCUACGUCUCCUGAGGCUUUAUGUAAAGGCUAUCCAGUAGAGUUUGAGAAGUAUCUGCAUUUCGCUCGGGGAUUGGCUUUUGACAGUUCUCCAGAAUAUCAUUUCUUACGGGGAAUUUUCCGCCGUUUAUUUCAAAGUCUGAAUUUUGUCUUGGACUAUGUUUAUGAUUGGGCACUUCUGGGUACAAAUUCAUCGAAUACUAAUCAAUCUCUACUGAUUUCCAAUCUAGAAUGUGAAGAAGGCGCUAACCAGCAUCAAAACAAUACGGAGUGUCAAGGAAUAGAUAAUACUGUUGGAACAGCCUCACGUGCUUUGCCAGCACCUCAAGUAUAUGGAAACCACAAUCACCACAGUAUGCCGGUUCAACAGCCACAGUCACAACAGGUUUUACCACAUGCACAUAGUCGUGAAGGAGUUCAGCAGUCAACCUUUCAUUCCCAAUAUGUUAGUCAGUCGGGAAACUCAGCUACGCAACCAAAUGCCUAUAACACCCCUGGCACAAGUGUAGGGUAUAAUAUGCGUUGUAUGCCCUCUGAAUUGCGUCGUUAAUUUCUAUUGGAUUUUGAAUUCCUUCUGGUGUUGUGCUGUUUAUGUAUCAGUGCAUACUGCAUAGAUACUCUAGCGUCUGUGCUGUUUAACUUUAUUUCCAUUGUCUCAGACACUGGCUAUCCAGUUGUCUAUACCCCUGAUAAUCACUGUAUCUUAAUUUACUUGUGAAUAUUUUUUAGUUUAUCACCAUGUUUUUAUGCUUCUCUACUACCUCCCAUCCUUACUACAUACUUCAAUGGAAUGAUUUUAUUUGGAUACGUAUACCAUAAUACUUAUGCGCUGAAUAAUAUCAUAUUUUACUUUGAAGAUAAUAUUCGCUCAAGAAGAGCACCAUUUUCACACUUUAGAUACAUGAUUGUACAUAGUUUUACUCCGGUGUUCAUUAUGAACAGAUCACCUUUACUUCAUUGUCCUUAUGUCAGUAUACUAGAUGGAGAUCAGUGAGUAAUUUCCUUUAUUUUUUGUGGGCAGUUGUGUGGUUUAAUGGUGAGAAACAAAAUCCAGCAAAUUUUUGUCGCAAGCGGUCUCCAUUUAAUACUCAGGUUCUUUAGAAUUCAUGCCAUUUUACUUAAUGAGUAUCCUGAGGCAAACUAAAAUGCUUGUAGUUGCAAUUAUUUUGUCAUUUUAUGUUCCGUGUCUUUUAUUCAUUUUUUAUAAUAUGUAACGCUGAUGACUUUUCAUUGCUGACAAUUUCAGGGGGUGGAUGCUGAACUUUCAGGUUAUACAUCACAUUUUUGCUCCUUUAUGCACCAGUCAGAUGAACGAGAAUCUAAAAGAAUUAAAACCUAACUAAUGGUUAGGUGCGCAUUUGUAUUUUGCAAACACAUGUUUGCAUGAUCUCUACAUGACAAAGAUUUAAAGUAAAUCUGUCAAGGCUGCUUUUAAUAUGCAUGGGAAUAAAAGAAUUUGAGGUAAUAACAUCCUAGG